CAAACUUUUACAUUUUUUAUUCAGGGAAUCAACUUUUGUAGCGGACUUGAAAUUGUCAAUAUUGUGCCCUAAGAUUUUAUUGCUUUAUCCGUUGAUCUCCUCACGCUGUUUUCUUCUCUGAGCCUGUGAUUGCGCGGCGAUUGUUGCAGGUAUUUCGCUUAGUUAAAUCUGUUUGGACAUUCGAAAAGUGAUUACUUUGGUUUGAAUUGGGAUUAACUGGUGAAAGAAAGAUGUCUGAUGGACAAGAGACUGACAAGAAUAUUGAGAUAUGGAAGAUCAAGAAGCUGAUAAAGGCACUGGAGACGGCAAGGGGUAAUGGUACAAGUAUGAUUUCUUUAAUCAUGCCUCCAAGGGAUCAGAUUUCCCGGGUCACAAAAAUGCUUGGUGAUGAAUUUGGCACCGCAUCGAAUAUCAAGAGUAGAGUGAACCGUCAAUCGGUGUUGGGUGCCAUUACUUCUGCUCAGCAAAGGCUAAAGCUGUACAACAAGGUGCCUCCAAAAGGUUUGGUGCUUUAUACUGGAACAAUCGUCACUGAAGAUGGGAAAGAAAAGAAAGUUACAAUUGAUUUUGAGCCUUUCAAACCCAUCAAUGCAUCUCUGUACCUCUGUGAUAACAAGUUUCACACUGAGGCAUUGAAUGAACUCUUGGAAUCUGAUGAUAAGUUUGGAUUUAUAGUAAUGGAUGGUAAUGGUACAUUGUUUGGUACCCUGAGUGGCAACACUCGUGAGGUGCUUCACAAAUUUACAGUGGACCUUCCAAAAAAGCAUGGAAGAGGAGGACAAUCAGCCUUACGUUUUGCACGUCUUAGAAUGGAGAAACGGCACAACUAUGUGAGGAAGACGGCAGAGUUGGCAACACAGUUUUUUAUUAAUCCUGCUACUAGUCAACCUAAUGUUGCAGGUUUGAUAUUGGCUGGAUCUGCAGAUUUUAAGACAGAGUUGAGCCAAUCUGACAUGUUUGAUCCCAGGCUACAGGCGAAGAUUCUCAAUGUGGUUGAUGUUUCUUAUGGGGGAGAAAAUGGAUUCAAUCAAGCUAUUGAACUAUCAUCAGAGAUACUAUCUAAUGUGAAGUUUAUACAGGAGAAACGCCUUAUAGGAAAGUACUUUGAAGAGAUAAGCCAGGAUACAGGAAAGUAUGUAUUUGGGAUUGAUGAUACUCUAAAAGCACUGGAGAUGGGUGCUGUUGAAACUUUGAUAGUAUGGGAGAAUUUGGAUGUUAACAGAUAUAUUUUGAAGAACUCAGUGACUGGGGAAGUAGUUAUAAAGCACUUGAAUAAGGAUCAGGAGGCUGAUCAGAGUAAUUUCAGGGAUUCAGGCACUAAUGCUGAACUAGAAGUUCAAGAGAAAUUGGCUCUACUGGAAUGGUUUGCAAAUGAAUAUAAGCGCUUCGGAUGCUCUUUGGAGUUUGUCACUAACAAAUCCCAGGAGGGUUCUCAAUUUUGUAGGGGUUUUGGUGGUAUUGGUGGCAUUCUUCGUUACCAACUAGACAUGAGAACCUUUGAUGAGCUGUCUGAUGAUGGCGGUGUUUAUGAAGAUUCGGACUAGCAAUCAAUUUAUAAUCAUCUCAAGGAUGCAGACUGCAGCUUGGAGUUAAGCCUGUGUCUUUCUGUUUUUUCUAUUCCAGGCUUUGGGAGCACAAGGGCGAUUAGAGUCUGAUGUUUUGGGUCUGACCACUGAACCCAUCUUUGGGUAAAUUAUUGGAGUCAAUAUUCUGUAUCAGCUGUUCGUAUCCAGGACCUGAGAAACUGGCAACAGUGAAUUUUUAAUGCUUGGUAUGCAUCAGUUACAAAUUGAAGUAUCUGAUAGGUUAGCAUCUGGUGCCAUCUGAAAACACAAUAACACAAUUUAUCAUUGGGAAUUUCAGAGGACUUAUUCAAGUGGUUAUUGUUGAGGUAUUGAGAUAUAUUUGCCUUGCAACAUUUACUGUUGAGGCUAUUCAGUCCUGUCUGAUAGUUUGGUGUCUUGUGAUUUUUAUGUGGAGAGUGACCAUUUAUGCAAUACGCAUCUUGGAUGGAGCAUAUAGGCAUAUAUGCCAUAUAAAAAUGUUAUAACUAAAGCAAUUCAAUUAAGUUUUUUGCAUGUUUAAAUUUCA